GUUCUGCGACUUCACUAAGAGACCUUCCACCCUGCAACCCGGAUCUCCAGUUCCCGACAAUCAAGUAAUCAAACAAUACCUGACUUGGUGGGCCGCAAGCUCCACCGGCAAGAUCCAGGACACGGUCAGCAUCACUUCUACUAAGGUUGUAUGGCAGAGGUUUCAGGCCAUCAUCUUCCGAGAGACUGAGAAUCGGAUGCCGCGGGAGCUGAAUGAAGAUAUCAACGCAGUGAGUGUGAAACUAAAAUUCAGUUUGAGCAUUCCUAAGCAGAGCAGUGGACUCAAACGGAACUUUACGACGAAAUGAAUUUAACCCUGGAGAAGAGGAAAAAAGGGCAUGUGUGAUGGGGCCGUAUACGCCAACCUUAUGAACCAGCUCUUGUGUCACGAUGCUGAUGAGUUCGAAUGGGAACGAGGCCGCGUGCAGCUCGGGUUAACGCUACAGUUCCAUGUUUUCUCUGGCGGAAGGCCAGGGGGAUUCAUUUCUACUGGUUAUUAUCCUGAUCUUUGCUUAGUAUACAGAGACGUGCAGUUUAUUCUUAUCCGCUUGCAGGAUGGGCAAGAGAAAUUUGGUAUAGUCUUAGUGCAAAGGUGGAGGAAAGGUGAAGAGGAGAAACUAGAUGAAAAUUUACAUGUUCUGUGGCUAGAAGAGGACGACAUCCUCAACUGCCCUGUUCAGCAAUUCUUAGCACUAGCUUUUGCAGAUGGAGCGUUCGCAUCCAUAACGAGCCGUUCAGAUAUUCAAAAUGCGAAGCUCGAUAGCGAUGAAGAUGUUCGAACCUUCCAGUACAAGCCUGAGAUGCCUGACCAGCCAUUUCUGGUCGAUCCGAAGGGGAAACCCCUGCAUUAUGCACAAUUCUGGUACAAUCUGAAGUGGCUUAGCAUCAGAGCUGGUUAUAUCGAGCACAUUCGCCCAUAUGACAUACGCAGAGGUACUGCAAAUAAAUUAGACGAGGCGGUUGAGGUAUCUACAAACUCCAGGAACCGGCUCUUGGGUCACUCGAGUGACAAAGUUUAUCAGAAAUACUAUCAAUCCAAUAUCUCGAUGGUUGACAUCAAAGGUAUCGUGCUGCGCGACAAGGCCGAUGAAGGGUUCGACACUACAGCGCUCCGGCGCAAUCUGAGAUUGAAGAGGGUGCCCUCAAGACUUCCAUCACGAGCCAACCAAAAGUUCUUAACACAGUUCAGGAUGUCGAUGAUAACCGAACCAGAGAUCACGAAGGACGUCUUGCAUAAACGUGCUCGAGCGGCAGCAUGGAAAGACUUUCAGGCUUCAUGGACCGAGCGUUACGAGACGAUAGAACCGCCUGAACACCAACAUCUAUCACGGAUCAAAGACUCUGUCGAGCACUUAGGCAACUUGGAUGACCCGGAAACUAAAAGUCGAAUCAUGAUGCGAUUUGAUGAACAUCGCAGGCUUAUCAAAGAAGAGGUUGGAAAGCCGGGCUACAGUUUGCGGACGUCACCCGCCUUGGACAGUCUUGUCUUCCUAGCGCGGCGGAACUACACGCAUUCUGCUUUAUAUUACCCUGGGACAGAGCCUGAAGAGAGCACUUCUGGUGCGCUAAGAUGCCGGUUUUGUCGUAUUGAUCUCGUUGGGUAAGUAAUCCCUGAGCCUCCCACCCAUUCGCCUUCUUCGUUCCUUGCUAAAAAAAAAAGCAAUUAGAAUGAAAAAUAGUAUUGUCCAUAUUCAAGAGUGUGCUGUUC